AUGGCCCUCGCCGCAUACAGACAUCUCCUCCGCGCCACGCGAAUCGCUUUCCAAGGUGAUUCUAUGCUCCUCCAUUCUGCAAGGACACAAGCACGGACAGGCUUUGACAAGCUAAGCUCUCUCGACCCGACUUCCGAAGAGGCCACCAAGGGAAUCGACCAUGCCGAAGGUGUUGCGCAAAUGCUCAGGCAGAACGUUGUUCAAGGAGAGCGGCAGGGCGACUCCGAUGUCUUAAAACUGAACAUACACAAAGAUACCGAGCUUGGUGACAACGACACGAUUAAAAACCCAUUGGGAAAAGGUGGAAAAGUCAAAGUGUCAGGUGGUGAUGGCUUAUGA